AUGAUACUUUGGACGACCGACUCGAACGAAGCAUUGACGCUAUCACUUGUCAGGGCACCAAAAGACAAGGAGGUGGUUGCACCGGAGGAGGUAUAUGAGGGAUUCAAUCCUACUUUCACGUAUCCGAUAUACGGUGAAGAAGAGAAGAUAUACGGAUACACAGACCUUGUGAUCGAUCUUCGCUUUGCCUCAGGCUCUCUGCAACAGUACCUUUCCAUAAGCUACUCCGCAAAGCUCCAGACGACAACAUCAACGAUAGAUGACGUGGAGGGAACUCUACAGAAGUUCAUCCCAGCAGGUUAUUACACUAACGAAGCUGCUUUCCUACAAAAGGUCGAAGAGGACGCGGAGUCGUUCAGACCACCCGGACAGCUGAUUUACUCAUACACACGACCCGCACCCAACUCUGCGUCGAAAGGAAAGCGGAAACGGGAUGGGAACCAGGCUUUGAACCCGGAGAGCGAGGACGUUGUUGAAUUCGAGGUGUAUCAUGUCACUUGGGACACGCCUGGUUUCAGAGAGUAUCAUCGGAGGAUGCAGAUAUUUAUCUUGUUGUACAUUGAAGGAGGGUCCUAUAUCAACGAGGAGGAGGACAUUUGGGAAUUCAUACUUCUAUUUGAAAAAAGGAAACGAAAAGACGCAUCACAUACGGUUGCCUACCACUUCGUUGGCUAUUCGACGUUAUAUCCCUUCUACUAUUACCCAGAAAAGGUUCGCAUGAGAUUGAGUCAAUUCGUCAUCUUGACCCCAUACCAACGUCAAGCCCAUGGCUCUGAACUAUAUAAAGCAAUCUACCAAUACGUCGUCAAGAACCCCACGAUCGUCGAAUUGACAGUCGAAGACCCGGCAGAGGCGUUCGAGGACCUGCGAGAUAAGAACGACCUGGAGAUGCUCCUUGCACACGAGCAGUUCCUCGAAGAAGGCUACGGACCACAGGAAGGCGCUGCACGGGCGAGGAAGAGUGGGAGAGCGGAGGCGAUUGGGGAAGCGGUGGUCGAGAAGGGGAAGCUGGGUCCUCCAGUUGACAAACCAUGGGCAGAGAAGUGGAGGAAGGACUUGAAGAUUGCGGGGAGACAAUUCCAGCGACUGGUGGAGAUGCUAAUCCUCCUGCGUCUGGACCCGUCAGACACGGCUUCUGCCCGAGCUUAUCGUCUCCAAGUGAAGGAACGACUCUAUCGGUUUAACUUCGAGAUCCUCGCGCAACUUGAAUUGGAAGAGCGAUACGAGAAACUGGAAGAGACCUUUCAAAGCGUCCGGGAGGACUAUCAGAGAAUUUUGGCACUACCAUCUAUUCACAAUCUAGUGCGGUGUGAAUACUAUGAAGUCUCAAAGCCCCAAACAGAAAACCCAAAACGAGAAGAAGAAUACUCAUAUUUCUCCCAGCAUGCCAGUGUCCGCACCAUCGUCGUUGACAUCCAGAUCCCCGUCAUCCCCGUCACCAGAACCUCCGCCAUCGCCUUGUGGAUCUUCGUCACGUUCCACUUCUUCAAGUCCGCCACCGUCUCUGGCUCGCCGCUUCCUUUCCAUGAUCAGGAAUGUGAGGACUAUAACAUCGAUGUCAAGUGCACAAGGCUGUAUUCGGAGGACUUGCUUCCUUUCGCCGGCGAAAAGGCCCUCAGCACACGCUGUGGUCAUUGA